GGCAGUCUAGAGAUCGUUAUUCACCGUCUGAUUUAUAUUCGAUUCCGAAAAUUUUCCGCCAAAAGUUCUACUAAAGUUAGCAGAGAGCAGCGUGGCAUAGACUGGAGAUGGAGGGGUAGAAGACUUGAUUAGCAGCCACGAAUCUCCGACAAUUUGGCGUGGGGGUAUUUGCAGAGACGGAACAGUUGAGAAAGCGAAAUUGAAGGAACCGAAUUUCAAGGUCUUCUGAAGAAAUGUCACCUCCACAAACCGAAAGACACGAACUCAGGGGAGACGAUGGAAGAAAAACAAACCAGAAUCGAUUGAACAGAAAAUUUAGGUGCCCUAAGGGGCUUUUUCCCCGUACGAUACACCUCGUCUCGCCUCGUUUCCUUGCCAGACUCUCGAAAUCUAAACGUAAAUGCCGUUAUAUGACGGAAUUUGAUUCAAAAUGGAGUUGGUUUGUUGUUGCUUCUAUGGAAUUACUUGUAAAUGUUGAUCGGAAAUUGCAUCUUACGAGGUGUGGGUUAGUGGAGGCUAGGCUGAUCUAUGGAAGAAGGUUUUUCUGAUGGAGACAUGGUUCCGAGGAGCUGAAUGUGCGGGAUCUAGCUUCGAAUUUUUUUGAUCGGUCAAAGAUACCAAUACGUAUCUUAGCUUGUCAUUGAAGCACAAAAUGGGUACGCCAGUGAACAUUAUUGUAGGUUCUCAUGUUUGGGUCGAAGACCCAGAAUUAGCUUGGAUUGAUGGACAAGUAUCAAAGAUCACUGGUCAGGAUGCUGAGAUCCGGACCAGUAAUGGAAAGAUGGUUGUUGCAAUGUUGUCAAAAAUAUAUCCGAAAGAUAUGGAAGCUCCUGCUGGUGGAGUUGACGACAUGACAAAACUAUCUUAUUUGCAUGAGCCUGGAGUACUGCAGAACCUGGCAACUAGAUAUGAACUUAAUGAAAUCUAUACUUAUACUGGAAACAUUCUUAUUGCAAUUAAUCCUUUCCAACGAUUGCCUCAUAUCUAUGAUGCACACAUGAUGGAACAAUACAAAGGAGCACCAUUCGGAGAACUAAGCCCUCAUGUUUUUGCGAUUGCAGAUGUUGCAUACAGGGCAAUGAUCAAUGAGGGGAAAAGCAACUCCAUUCUGGUCAGCGGCGAAAGUGGAGCAGGUAAGACUGAGACCACAAAAAUGCUCAUGCGUUAUCUUGCCUAUUUGGGUGGCCGUGUAGCCACGGAAGGAAGGACCGUUGAACAACAAGUUCUGGAAUCAAAUCCAGUUCUUGAAGCUUUUGGCAAUGCAAAAACUGUCAGAAAUAACAAUUCCAGCCGGUUCGGUAAAUUUGUUGAGAUCCAAUUUGAUAAGCAUGGAAGGAUAUCAGGGGCAGCCAUAAGAACCUACCUUCUUGAGAGGUCUCGUGUUUGCCAAAUUUCUGAUCCUGAACGCAACUACCACUGUUUUUACCUUCUUUGUGCAGCACCAGCUGAGGUUGUUGAGAAAUAUAAACUGGGAAACCCUAAAUCAUUUCACUAUCUUAAUCAAUCAAAUUGCUAUGAACUUGCUGCUAUAAAUGAUGCAAAAGACUAUCUUGCCACUAGAAGGGCUAUGGAUGUUGUUGGAAUUAGUGAGAAACAACAGGAUGCAAUUUUCAGAGUCGUCGCUGCAAUUCUUCAUCUGGGUAAUAUCGAGUUUGCAAAGGGGAAGGAGAUUGAUUCAUCUGUUCCAAAAGAUGAAAAGGCCAAAUUUCAUCUUCAAAUGACUGCUGAACUUCUCAUGUGUGAUGCUCAGGCCCUUGAAGAUGCACUCUGUAAACGUGUUAUGAUCACCCCAGAGGAAGUCAUUAAGAGAAGUCUUGAUCCUCUUGCUGCAACAGUUAGCAGGGAUGGUUUAGCAAAGACAAUAUAUUCUCGCUUGUUUGACUGGUUGGUUGAUACAAUUAAUAACUCAAUUGGGCAAGAUCCUAAUUCAAAAUCCCUCAUUGGUGUUCUUGAUAUCUAUGGUUUUGAAAGCUUCAAGACUAACAGUUUUGAGCAGUUUUGUAUUAAUUUCACAAAUGAGAAACUGCAACAACAUUUUAACCAGCAUGUAUUCAAGAUGGAGCAGGAAGAGUACACAAAAGAGGAAAUUGAUUGGAGCUACAUAGAAUUUGUCGAUAACCAAGAUGUAUUGGAUCUUAUUGAAAAGAAACCUGGAGGAAUCAUUGCUCUCCUAGAUGAAGCUUGUAUGUUUCCAAAGUCUACACAUGAAACCUUUUCUCAGAAGCUUUAUCAGAUAUUCAAGAAUCACAAACGCUUCAUCAAGCCGAAACUCUCCCGUACAGAUUUUACCAUUGCACACUAUGCUGGAGAUGUGUUGUAUCAAUCUGAUCUAUUUCUAGACAAAAAUAAAGACUAUGUUGUCCCUGAGCAUCAAGACUUGUUGUGUGCUUCGAAAUGUCCUUUUGUAGCAGGUUUAUUCCCUAUAAUCCCAGAGGAGACAACCAAAUCUUCUAAGUUCUCUUCCAUUGGUUCUCGCUUCAAGCUACAACUUCAGCAAUUAAUGGAGACACUAAAUUCGACCGAACCUCACUACAUUAGAUGUGUGAAGCCAAACAAUCUUCUCAAACCUGCCAUUUUUGAGAAUGCCAACAUCAUGCAGCAAUUGCGAUGUGGUGGUGUUCUAGAGGCUAUCAGAAUCAGUUGUGCAGGAUACCCUACUCGCCGUACAUUUUUUGAAUUUCUCAACCGGUUUGGCCUUCUUGCACCAGAGGUUUUGGAAGGGAACUAUGAUGAAAAGGUUGCAUGUAAGAAGAUACUGGAAAAGAAGGGUCUUACUGGUUCUCAGAUAGGGAAAACCAAAGUUUUCCUUAGAGCUGGCCAGAUGGCGGAGUUAGAUGCACGGAGAGCUGAGGUACUUAGUGAUGCAGCUAAAACUAUUCAGAGGAAAAUACGAACACAUUUUGCUCGGAAACAUUUUGUUGCAUUGCAGCAGGCUUCUAUUUGUAUUCAGUCUUGGUGCAGAGGAAGACUGGCUUGCAAAAUUUAUGAGCUCAUAAGAAAGGAUGCAGCUGCUAUGAAAAUUCAAAAAAACAUGCGCGGAUUUCAGGCCAGGAAGGCUUACAGCCGGCUCCGUUUAUCAGUGCUUGUUGUGCAGGCAGGUCUAAGGGCAAUGGCUGCUCGUAAUGAAUUUAGAUUUAAGAAACAAACGAAAGGAGCAAUUGCUAUUCAGACACGGUGGCGUUGUCAUAGAGCUUCAUCCUACCAUAAGAAGCUUAAGAGGGCAUCAAUUGUGUCUCAAUGCAGAUGGAGGGGAAGAAUUGCCAGGAAAGAGCUGAGGAAGCUCAAAACGGCUGCAAGAGAAACAGGUGCACUUAAAGAAGCAAAGGAUAAGCUAGAAAAACGAGUGGAGGAACUCACAUGGCGUUUGCAGUUGGAGAAACGCUUAAGGACUGACUUGGAGGAAGCAAAAGCACAGGAGAUAGCCAAAUUGCAAAAUUCAUUGCAAGCUCUGCAGACCAAAGUCGAUGAAACAAAUGCUUUGCUUGUUAAGGAACGAGAGAAUGCACAGAAGGCAAUUGAAGAAGCACCCCCUGUCAUCAAGGAGACUCCGGUUAUCGUCCAAGAUACUGAAAAAAUUGAUUCUUUAACAUCAGAAGUGGAUGGCUUGAAGACAUUGUUGCAGUCAGAAAAACAAAGAGCUGAUGAUUUCGAAAGGAAAUAUUCUGAAAUCCAAGAAUCUAGUGAAGAAAGACGUAAGAAGUUGGAAGAAACAGAAAAAAAGGUUAUUCAACUUCAGGAAUCGUUGAGCAGGCUUGAAGAGAAGCUUACCAACCUAGAGUCAGAGAAUCAAGUUCUCCGUCAGCAGUCAUUGACCAUUGCACCCAAUAACAAGUUCCUUUCAGGACGCUCUAAAUCAAUUAGUCUGAGGCAUUCUGAGAGUGGUCAUCUUGUGAGCGCUGAUACCAAGACAAGUGUUGAUAUGCACGGGGCUUCAACAACAAAGGAACUUUCUGAAAUAGAAGAGAAACCACAGAAAUCUCUAAAUGAGAAACAGCAGGAGAAUCAGGACUUGCUCAUUAGGUGUAUUGCACAACCCCUGGGUUUCUCUGGCAGCAGACCAAUUGCUGCCUGUAUCAUAUACAAAUGUCUUCUUCACUGGAGGUCAUUUGAAGUAGAACGUACCAGUGUUUUUGACCGUAUUAUCCAGACCAUUGGUCAGGCUAUUGAGACUCAGGAGAACAAUGAUGUCUUAGCCUAUUGGUUGUCCAACGCAUCGACAUUGUUGCUGCUACUCCAGCGUACAUUAAAAGCAAGUGGUGCAGCUGGCAUGGCUCCACAACGCCGUCGAUCUUCAUCAGCUACUCUCUUUGGGAGGAUGACUCAGAGUUUCCGGGGAGCACCACAAGGUGUUAAUCUAUCUUUUGCCAAUGGAGAAGUGGUUGGUGGAGUAGAUACCUUGCGCCAGGUUGAAGCAAAAUACCCUGCUUUACUUUUCAAACAGCAACUUACUGCAUACGUAGAAAAGAUAUAUGGGAUGAUCCGUGAUAAUUUGAAGAAAGAGAUCUCUCCAUUGCUUGGGUUAUGCAUUCAGGCACCAAGAACAUCCAGAGCAAGCUUAGUCAAGGGAUCAUCCCGUUCUCCUGCAAAUGGCACAGCCCAGCAAGUUUUAAUUGCUCACUGGCAGGGGAUUGUAGAAAGCCUUGGAAUUUUCUUGAGCACAUUGAAAGCCAAUCAUGUGCCCCCAUUUUUAGUGCGAAAGGUGUUCACACAAAUAUUUUCUUUCAUCAAUGUGCAACUCUUCAACAGUCUCCUAUUGAGGCGAGAGUGCUGCUCAUUUAGUAAUGGUGAGUAUGUCAAGGCAGGUUUGGCUGAAUUGGAACAUUGGUGCUAUAAGGCAACAGACGAGUAUGCAGGUUCAGCUUGGGAUGAGCUCAAACAUAUCAGACAGGCUAUUGGGUUCCUUGUCAUACAUCAGAAGCCAAAGAAGACACUUGAUGAAAUAAGCCAUGACCUCUGCCCAGUGCUCAGCAUACAACAGCUUUACCGGAUUAGUACAAUGUACUGGGAUGACAAGUAUGGCACACACAGUGUGUCCUCGGAUGUUAUAUCCAACAUGAGGGUGCUGAUGACUGAAGAUUCAAACAAUGCCGUCAGCAAUUCUUUCCUGUUGGACGAUGAUUCAAGCAUACCAUUUUCAGUUGAUGACAUAUCAAAGUCCAUCGAACAGUUUGACGUCUCUGAUAUUGAACCACCAUCCCUCAUUCGUGAGAAUUCGGGCUUCGUAUUUCUGUUGCCACGUUCCGAGUAAUUACUUUAUCAUGUGGUAAUCAUCUGGAUGGUUUCUCCGUCUCCUUUCAACAUCACCUCAUUCAGUGUUGUUACUUCAGCUUUUGUAUAUCCACCUCAGAGCCCCCUUCAGUUUUGUUGGAUGACUCCUGUUGGGGGGGUUGAUGUUGCUUCUUCCUUGGAUUAAGGUUGUUUCCUUGAUUUCCCCCUACCAUGUAUAAUUCAACACUUAAAAUAGGAACACCCUGCUGUUUCAAUGAGAUAUUAGUUACUUCUCCCAUCAGUCAAGUUUUCCUUGUCUUUUCUGAGUUAAUUAUAUUUAAAAUUCUUCUUAUGCGAAGGCUUUCUCCCUCCAAGCCAAACCUUUACCUUCUUGAUGUAACAUGCAAUUCCAUACUUCCAUCUGUUAUUAAUUGAUUUCUUUCCUUCGAAAGUGCCUAGUAAACCAGAUUUAUAAAUUGUUUCAUGUCAUUUGCUUCCUUCUCAUCUGAACUGAAAUUAUAGAACUAGUUCAGAAUAUAUACAGGUUCUUAAGUUGCUUAUUUUGACAGAAAUUGCUCCAUAGUUAUUUGUAGCAAUAAUUUUUUUUCUUUCAUAAUUCAUAACUUUGGCCACAAUUUUAUAGUAUCAGCUUAUUGGUCGUCUCUGGAUCAUCAAAUAAUUAUAAUUUAUCAGGCUGGCAUUUUAUUUGUUUCUUGUAACUCAAUUGGGUUUAUAGAAGCUGUUGCAUUGUUUCACUCUUUGUACGGACAUACCUGUUGUUGAGGUAUUCAUCUCCAGCUAUCCACCAUUUUCAUUAUGGCCAAAAAGAGAGAAAGAAUUCAGUUUUCUGUUCCAAAUUGUUUGCCUUAGAUCAACAAGACGGCAUUUUCCUAGCUUUAUCCCCACAAGGUUUUGCCUACAUGAUCCCUGAUACUUCAUUAUAGCCUUAUACUCUUCAUGUGCUAAAGAAAGCCUAGCUAGCAUGAGGUUGAACAGCAAUACUGAACUAUUUUGUCAACCCGAAGAAACCCAGGCAGCCAGGCUUGGGUUGUUACUUGAGGGGGUCUAGUGAAGCUCGAAUUAAAAAAAAAAAAAAAAAAAAAA